GUCACAGCUCAAGCUGAAACUAAUAUGUAUUCUGAAGAAGUCAAGAAAGCAAACUUUGAAUUGGAUGAACUGAGAUACCUAGUCCAUGGCGGAAAGCAGGAAUACGAUGAGAUGAACAAGAUUUAUGGCCUGAUUAAGAACAAUCCGAAUAUUAGGCAUAAAAGCACAGAGAGAGACCUUGACAGGCAUGAUAAGAUGGCAGAGAUUUAUAGAAGAGUUCCAGAGAUUAGGAAAAUGGUGGAGGAAAAUAAUAUUAAAAGACCAGAUUUUUUGAAUUAUAGUGCUUAUGGGGUCUCGUAUAACUCUGCUUACGCUUUUAAUGUUCACCAUGGUAUGUUUACCGCUAUAAUUAACAUUCUUGGCUCAAAAGAGCAAGUUGAGAAGUAUUACGAAAAGGCAUGCUCAGAAGAAAUCAUUGGGUGUUAUGCCCAAACAGAAGUAGGCCAUGGCUCAGAUGUCCAAGGACUGAUGACUACAGCAACUUUUGAUAGAGAAAACCAGGAGUUCAUCCUCCAUUCUCCUAAUGUAAAGUCAUAUAAGUUCUGGCCAGGAGAACUAGGGCUUAGUUGCACACAUGCAGUAGUAUUUGCAAGGCUUAUAAUUGACGGCGAUGAUUAUGGAGUCAAUGUCUUCUUUGCCCCGAUCAGGGACGAAGUAACCCACAAACCCUUGGAAGGUAUAGAAGUUGGUGAAAUCGGCCCAAAAGCUGGAUAUACUACUAAAGAUAAUGGAUACCUAGCAUUUAAUCAGUUCAGAAUCCCAAGAAAAGCUAUACUUUCAAGAUAUGUGAAUGUUACCAAAGAUGGUAUGAUUACUCUAGAGGGCGAUCCCAAGAUAGCAUAUGCCACGAUGUUGUUGAUAAGAGUCACAUUACUCAGAUUCAGUUGGCAAGCAUUAUUUUAUGGUAUCUACUAUACACUAAACUAUGUAACCUUCCGUUCACAGUUUAAAUCUAUACCAGGAUCUGCAGAGGAACGAAAGCUUAUUGAUUACCAAGCCACACAGAAGAAGUUGAUUCCAAUAAUUUCCUUUACGUUUGGCAACCUUUUUGGCUACAUCAGAUGUUUCAAGAUGUAUAACCAAAUGCAAGAGGAGAUCAAGGAUGGCAAUUUCAAACUUAUGAAGAAGCUUCAUACACUUUGCUGUUCCUUCAAGGCCUACUACAUGGAUGAGUGCUAUGAAUCACUUAAGAUUUUGAGAGAGCUCUGUGGAGCUCAUGGAUAUUGGAACAAAUCGGGAUUUGAUUUCCUCCUCGAUGUUAAGUCUGCUCAUGUUACUCUUGAAGGCGAUGCUGUUGUCAUGUUCCAGCAGACUGCGAGGGACUUGUUUAAAAAGAAAAAGAAACAGGAAGAAAGUAUUAAAUUAUUGUCAAAUCCAGAUAUUCAUGAAAUUGAUACCCUCUUAGAACUCCUGAAGGCUUGUGCCUAUUGUCAAAUGUAUAAGACCAGAAAGGAUAUGGAUAAAGACACUGAAACUCCUGAAUCUAUCAAAUGGAACAAGGUAUACCUUGUAGAUAUAAUUAAAUCAGCCAAGUACCACGCCAUUUAUAAAACUGCUAAGAUAACGAGUGAAGAAAUUAUUGACGCAAAUCUUUCGGAAAAUUUGACUAAUAAUUUGCAGGCUCUCUGCAAAAUAUUUAUAUGUGAUAAUAUUUUAAAACACGGCCAAGAAGCAUUUAUCCAAGGUUAUCUCACUACAGAGACAAUGUUCAGCAUAAAAGAUGAAAUGGAUAUCUUAUUUGGAUACAUCAGACCUCAGCUCUCAGCUCUAAUUGAAGGGACUCACUUUGAAGACAAAGACAGCUUCUCCGUCUUGCUCCAAGAUGGCAAGAAUGCUUAUGAGAACUUCUACGAAGAAGUUGCUAAAAACCCGCUUAACAAAUCAGAGAAAUUAGAGGCUUAUGAUACCUAUCUGAAACCUUUGUCUCAAAAACUGAUAUCAAGGUUGUAA